AGUUGUAGCGCGACAUCGUCCGUCGUCGCAUCGCCGAAUAUGCGGUCUCUACCUCGACAAGUUCUUGUGUGCUUCCUCAUCCUCAGUCCUCGGACAAACGACUUUUCUCUUGUCUGAUAGCCUAGAUGAUCUCUGACUGACUAGUCUUCUGUAGUUAGCUCGUCUCCUCCAAAGGCUGUCUCUCGCUCGAUGGCUCUGGGUUCUGGAGAUGUCAUCCUCCUCAAAACUUGGAACUCUCAUGGACAGAUGCGGAGUUGAUUGCUGCACAAGAGGUAACUGUCGAUGAAGCUGCCAUUGUCAUCUCGCAUGAUGUGGCUGGUGAUGAUAGUGGGAGCAUGUCUCGUGUUGCUACAAUACCAGAUAACCAAUUCUUGGCAAGUGUCUACGCAGCCUGUCAGUGGCAACACGCAGUUGGCUGCGGCUGCGGUUGUUGACCAGCUGCAGUUGGAUGAGAGUAUCGUUGCUGCGGUUGGUGAAAGAGUCAUCCACGACAUUGCUCUACAGGUAAGCCAGAAGCUGAGUAGUGAGAUAUGCGGCAACACAUUGGAUGAAUCCUCAGCCCUGCCCAACUCCAAGAAGACCUCUACUCCCCCCUGGAUGCUGCCCCCGCUCUUCAUCAUCACCCCGACAUACAGAAGGCCUGAACAGAUCCCUGAACUAACAAGGCUCGCGCAGACUCUCAUGCACGUACCUAACCUCCACUGGCUGGUCAUUGAAGACUCUCAAAACAAAACUCCCCAAGUGACUGGUCUGUUGAUGAGAACUGGUCUUUCUUUUGAACACCUCAUUGCACCAAUGCCAGAUUCAUAUAAGAACAAAAAAGGAUCCAAGCCAAGGGGAGUUUCAAAUCGCAAUCGAGGACUUCAGUGGCUGAGAGCAAACGCUACAUCUGGAGUCUUUUACUUUGCAGAUGAUGACAAUACUUAUGAUAUUGCUCUCUUUCAAGAGAUGAGGUACACAAAGAGAGUGUCUAUGUGGCCAGUUGGGCUGUGUACCAAAUACGGCCUUAGUUCUCCCAUCGUCCGCAAUGGAACAUUUGCAGGCUUCUACGAUGGAUGGAUUGCUGGCAGAAAGUUUCCCGUUGACAUGGCCGGAUUUGCUGUCAGCGUUGACUUUCUCCUUCAGAGACCUAAAGCCACAAUGCCUUAUAAACCUGGGUUUGAAGAAGAUGGAUUUCUUAGAAGUCUUGCACCUUUUGAAGCUAAAGAUAUUGAGCUCAAAGCAGACAACUGCACAAAGAUUCUAGUCUGGCAUACCCAAACAAAGAAGAAUGAACCAGCUGCACAGCUAGAUUUGAAGAAGUACAACAAUACGAAUCUCAUUCAUUUGAGGUCUUUGAUUGUUUGAUUCAUAAGACAGUAUUUGGCCUUAAGGACAAUCCUCAGCCUGUCAGCUUCUUCAUGAUUUUAUCAAAUGUUUUUAUUAUUGUUAAGUGUUUAUUCUAAAAGACAAUUGAAGUUUUAUGUAAAACUUGUCCAUUCAAGCUUUUGUAGAUAGUGCUUUUAUAUUUGAAUGUUAUCAGUUUGUAAUUGUAAGCAUUUAUUGAAGACAAAUAGUCUUUUUAUUAUCAAAUAUUUGUGAUAAUUAGCUUAAAAUUGAUGCCAAAAUGUUUAUUUAACUACUAUUUUAUCUUGUAAGGUAGUGCUAUGUCCUAAUUUUGUAAAGAUAGUCCAAAGCACCCUUGUAUAAUAUAGUGACCAAGCAUGUGAUAUAUUUUUAGAGAAAAGUAAAUUUUAGUCAUGACCGCAAAAUUUUUGUAAUUAAAGUUACACUUCCUUAUUGCUUAGUAUGUGGAUGUCCUCAAGAAAUGUGGUCUAAAUGUUUGGGCAGAAUGUGGUUUAUUGAAUUUUGUUCAAAUAUAUCCUAUCUUAGUCUUAUUGAGCUUAGGUAUGUUAAUGUUAAUACGAGGGUCAACUUUUCAUUAAGGGCCGUUUGUGUGUAUAGUUGAAUAGCAUUGUAGUUAAUGUCUACGCCGCAACAAGGCAACGACCAUAACUAUUUAGUGGCACUAUUUGUGAAUAGAAUCCUGCCAUUACAGCUCUGUAGUUGACAACGUGCGUGCUUCGCUUUGUGUUUAAAACAUUUUUUUAUGAUUGAAUCUCUGAUGCAAAAUAAGGUUGGUGAUAAAUUUCUUGACCACAAGAAAUAAAUUAGAUUCAGACAUUCAUUGCCAAAUGUCUCUAGGAGGAUAUGGACCUUAUGCAAUUAGUGUGAGUAAAUUGGGGAAAUUGGUUAGGGAGUGAAAAAAUGGCUGUGAAACCGUUUUCCUUUGUGGUUUUUUGUGACAAAUCUGGGUACCCACCAAAAACACAAUUCCUUCUAAACUGGACAUUUUAUUGGCCAUUUUUAAGCUUCCUAACCCAUUCAUGCACUUAACCCUGUAUCAUUGCAUUAGGGCUAUAAACUUCAGUCUUCUGGCAAUGAAAGUCUGAUAUGUUUUUUGCAGUCAAAGAAUAUAUCACUGACAUUAUCUUUCAUGGUGGGAGAUUCAAUGUUUUUUUUUUAUUUUCUAAACACACAGCCAAAAAAGUGCAAUCAUUUAAUCAUUCAUUCAUUUUUCAUUCAUUCAUUCAUAAAAAAAGUACAUGUACAUGUCAGCUACAGAGCAGUAAAAUGGUGCCAUCUCAUCACAAAUGAUGCCAGUAAGCAGAGAGGAGCUCUGUUCCAAUGUACACGCAAAAGAAGCCCUUAGCAAAACUACCCUCGUUUGUAGGUGAAUAAAUAUUUCAUUUGUAUUCACAAAAACCAUUUUGUAACUGGUAAGUAUUUACAACACGGUAAUGUUUUACCAAAACAAAAAGAAAACAUGAAAGAUUAACAAUUGUAAAAUAAUCAAACAUAUUAUAUACGAAACGGUUGAAUACCAACUGCAAUACAGUACCAAUAAAAAUGGGUAAUGUGGGAGGACAUGGUAGAAUGAACUACCCAACUACCAAAGAUCUGGUGCUUUUUUUUAUCACCACAGUUUCUCAAAUAACUAUUAUUUACAAACUAUAACUGCCCUAUAUUAAUCAAAUAUUGUCUUGCCAGCUGUCAGUUAUUGCUAAUGCUACUUCAGUAUUCAAUCCACUGUACUUAAGUCUAGAUCAUUAGAUUGUGUGUGCAUUGUUUAAGAUUUGUACAUACAAAACAGCAAUCAAAAGAAUUUGGUUGAUUAUAAAUUCUGUACAUAAACUAAAAUAAAUUUCUUUAGAGAACCAUAAGUGAGAAGUGUACUAUGUACAUGAUGUGUCGAUGAAUUUAAUUUUGUAAAGUAUACUUUUGUAUUGUCAUAAAUAUUGUAAGCUUUUAUAAAUAUAAAAUAAUAGGCUAAAUGUAUAAUGAAUCCUACAUGUAUUUAAAAAAAUCUCCCUUUUAAGUAAUUCCUGGUUUCAUGUUAUGUAUAUUUCAAAAUUAUCUUGACAGAGUAUCCCAAAAGCAAAGGACAAUACUAUGUGUUUUGUCCUAAAACAUGAGUAAUUUACUAUAAUCAAAAAGUAUAACACUGCAUGAUUUCAUUCUUGGGGGAUAUACAUCAGAGGCAAACCCUAAAAUUAAUGUUUAGCUAAGUAAAAUAAGAAAAAAAUGUAAGGUGUUUUGCACCCGGUGGGUUUUUCAAUUCUGUUACGGUGAUGAAGUUUUGUUAGAUUUAGGAUAUCUGUUUUUUUACUCUUAUUAAGCUAACUAAACACAUACAGUUUGCUCCUUUUUCCAAAAUCUUGUCACACAAUUUAAAGUAGGAUCAAAACUUGCUAGUCUGUGCUAAGAACAAAUUUUUUGUAAUGUUUUUAAGUUGUACAUAUUUCUUUAUUAUACGUUUUUAGGUAUGAAAUAAGUUAAGUCUAAGUGAACUUUAAAUAAUUUUAAGUUCAAUUCUUUUCAUUUAAGUUUAGCUUAUUUUGUUUUAAGAAUGACAAAACUUUUUUUAAGAAGUGUCAGCCCCUUUUCACCUUGCUUUACCCGUCCACAUGGGAUUUAGAGGCCUGCGAGAAGAAUUUAUCGACUUAAGCAAGGGUUGAGCCAAAAUAUUACAAAAAUAAACUAUACUGAUGAUAAAUUUUAAGGGGAAAUGGAAAGUGAACCCAAGACAUUGGUGCCUUGGAUUCACAAUUCAUAAUGCAAUGACUUCUCUAAAUUGUAACCAAUUAUUCAUAUAGGUAACCCUUUUCCUUCACUAGAGAAAGUAAUUCUGAACACAACAUAAUUUUUUAAUUUUUUUUAACAUAACAGGUUAACAAUUUGAUCCAUAAUUUAGAAGUAAAUUUUUUUUUAAAUAAUAAUAGUUGCAAUUUUUCAGUAUAAAAGCUAUAGGUAAUUGUUUUAUGAUGUUAUUUGAUUUUAUUGAUGACUGUAAAACUCAUACAGUACUUUGUACUUUGUACUCUGUGAAAUACUCAUAGUAAAACUGAUCAAUUUUUGAAUCUCUUGCACAUAAACAUAAUGACCUCAUCAUACUUACUACUAAAACGUUCAAAAUCUGACUAUGGACAGAAGGUAUACUGUAUUUGUUGUUGUUUUUUCAACUGGUAACUUAUCUUUUAGAUUGGUAACAUGGAUUAAACUGAUUCGGGGAACAGAGGUAUUAGCAAUGCAAUUAAUAAAGCAACUUAGAACUGUAAACUAGAAUAUAGGCUUCCACAAUCAAAGUAGACUCAGUUGAAUCUAGGUUUUUGGGCAAUGAUCUGUUGUUUUGUUGAGCUGUUGAAAUACUGGACGACGUUUCUAAUGCCUUGUAGCAAUCUAAUGUCUUCAGGGGCAAUCUACGAUUCAACUCCCCAUUGAAUACCUGGGUUCAGUUGAAUCAUGGUGGCCUCAGGAUUCAACUUGGGGGGGGGGGAUACCCCGAUCCUUCCAGGUAAAAUGUAAAGCAUAAAAACGUUUAGGCCUGAAAUGAGCUGCACCGAUGGUCGAAGAAAUUUACAUGGGUCCUCUGAGGAAAUAUUCAUUGUUAUGACAUUAUCAUAAAUAUAUAAUUUGUGUGUGAAAAUCCUCUCGAUAGACAACAAAGUUUGAGAGUCUUAAAAUAUCCCGUCAAACGUUGGACGACUUGAGUUAUCAAAUUAAACAAUACUGUCAAAUCAAAAGAACUAUUGAUUAGAUAGUAAUAAUGCAAUGGUUAUAAUAUUUUAUAACUAUUAAAUUAUCACUAAAUAAGCCUAUACCAAAUUGCUAAAUUUAUAACAUAGCCUAUUAAUGCUAUUUACUGAAAAAGAAAAGGGGUUUAAACAAAUGGAACUGACCAUUGGUGCAACUGAGAACCCCACAAAAGUUGGUGCAAUCGUACACUGUAGGGUGGAACUAAUCCCUGACCAGGGGAGCCAGCUGGUCUAGUGGUUAGAGCGCGGGACUCCGAUCCCGCCAAAUCAUCAAUGGAUUUUAACUAAGUAAUAUUGCCGUAACCUCUAGGUCUAGCCUGAAGUAAUGUGAAAAUCCGGGCUUGUGCCUAGCGUCCUAGGAAAAAAACAAAAAAAAAUCCCUGACCAUCAUAGUGCAAUCGGGCACCUCCCCUGAAAUGGGGUCCACCCUGAUAUUUGGCGGUUGGGUGAUCAUCCACCACAACCCCCCCACCCCUGGUCUGCUUCUGAAGGCCAAGAUUCUGCAACUUACAACUGUAAGUUUACUAUUAGUCUUGAUACCAAAACAGUUACCCCCCUCUUAUUCUCUACAUCCAAGUUCAGAAUUUUCUAAAUGGUCAUCGUUUUAGAAUUUGUAUUAUUUUAAGUACCAACUUUGGAACAAAUUGUGCCUGAGGAAUUGUAAUAUUUUGAUAAAUGCAAGUAAGUUUACUGUUGAUAAAAAGCAAAGGUAGAAUUAGAAUAAGGCAUCUCUCACAAUUCCUAUAUAAUUGUACAACUAUGUAUUGCCUUUACUCAACAUAGGGGUAAAUUCUACUUUAGAUUGAUUUGAUUAGUCAUAUUUGUAAGUAACUCAAUUUUGCACUUCUAUUGUAAGCACAUAUUGUUUUUUUUUUAUUGAAAAUAAACAAAUUUA